AAUCAAAGCCCAGACAGCCUUCUCUCUCUGAGUUUCGUUUUUCACCAAAACAUAACCCUGUCAACUUCACUGGGCCUUGAGAGUAUGAAAAAAAUGCCUGGACUUCCUGCCAUAUAUAAGCACCAUGCUUAUCUGAGAUGCUCUAGAACUCUGGACGAACCUUGGGGCAGCCUCUCAGCCUGAGCCAAGACAUUGCUGAGCCCCUGCUAUCUCACAGCACCAUGAGGUAAAGGCUUUCUCUGCUUCAUUGACCUUCACUUUCCUGAAGGACUAGCUCUCAGGCAGGCAUCAUCCUGAGGAAGCUAAUGCUUAAGACCCUGCUGGAAACUCUCCACCUGUGAGGAAUCUGCCAGAAAACACAUUAAAGAUAGUCUGCUUCAGCUGAGAUGUCACUUUACAUGGAAGUUGCUCAUUGAAGACUCUGAAAUGCCUGAUUUAGAAAACAGGGUCUUGGAUGAGGUGGAGUUCCUAGACACUAAAUACAAAAUGGUAACCCACAACCUACUGGCCUAUGUGAAAAACCUGAAUGGCCAGAACGAGGAGGCCCUGGAGAACUUAAAGAAAGCUGAAGACUUAAUCCAGAAAGAGUAUGCUGACCACUUGGACAUGAGGAGUCUGGUGACCUGGGGCAACUAUGCCUGGGUCUAUUACUACAUGGGCAGGCUGGCAGAAGCCCAGACGUACCUGGACAAGGUGGAGAAGACUUGUAAGAAGUUUUCAAGUCCCUUCUGCUAUAGGAUGGAGGAUCCUUGGAUGGACAACGAGGAAGGAUGGGCCUUGCUGAAGUGUGGAGGAAGGAAUUAUGGACAGGCCAAGGCCUGCUUUGAAAAGGCUCUGGAAGUGGACCCCGACAACCCCGAAUUUAACGUUGGCUAUGCGAUCACCACCUAUCGUUUGGAUUACUCUUAUGGAACACCAUGUAACAUUAAGAAUACAAUUUCCCUGCAGCCCCUAAUGCAGGCCAUCAGGCUAAAUCCGGAAAAUGCUUAUAUUAAGGUUCUCCUUGCCCUGAAGCUUCAGGAUUUAGGACAGGAUGCUGAAGGAGAAAAGCACCUUGAAGAAGCACUGAGCAGCCAUUCCUCACAGACCUAUGUUUUGAGAUAUGCGGCCAAGUUCUACCGAAGAAAAGGCUGCCUGGAUAAAGCUCUCCAGCUUUUAAAUAUGGCCUUGCAGGCGACACCCACCUCUGCCUUCCUGCAUCGCCAGGUAGGGCUUUGCUAUAAGGCACAAAUGAUCCAACUGAAAAUAGCUAAAAACAUGCAGCCGAGAGGGCAGGACAGAGAAACUCUGGACAGAUUGGUUCAAUUGGCUAUAGAUAAGUUCGAAAAGACUUUAGCACUAAAGCCCACAUUUGAGAUGGCUUACGUGGACCUGGCUGAAAUGUACGCAGAAGCGGGCCACCACAGAAAGGCCGAGGAUACUUUUCAGAAAGUGUUACACAUGAAGGUCACUGAUAACCAUUUGCAGCAAGAGAUCCAUUUCCGCUAUGGCCGUUUCCAAGAAUUUCAUGGGAAAUCUGAAGAUAGAGCAAUCACCCAUUAUUUAAAAGGUCUAAAACUAGAAACAAUGUCCCUCGCCCGGGAGAAGAUUCUCAGUGCUUUAGAGAAGUUGGCUAAACGGCGUUUUUACCGGAAUGUACACGUGGUAGAAAGCGCCAGCCUCCUUGGACUCAUCCACAAAUUAAAAGGGGAAGUGACUGAAGCCCUGCUGUACUAUGAGAUGGCUCUGAGGAUGGCUGCUGACCUGAACCCUUUAUUUUGAAAUGCAGGUCACUAUUACCAUGGAGUGUCUUCCCAGCUAAAUAUAUCAACAGUCUUGCCUGAGUGCUGCACUCAGAAAUAUAGGAGCUGAUGAAAAGCAGAAUGCUGGGGUACAGUAUAUCUCAUCCUCUCUGCCUGGCCCUGUCUUGCUUUCCCCUUCAACCAUCUGGUGACAACAAGAUUCCUCCACAGCACAGCCCUGCCAUCUCUGGCCAAGGCUGAUAAAUGCUGUUUCAGACCCUUGUCAUCGGCUGGACCAAUACAAAUAGUUUUCCUUAUGAUUUUGCCUUUGGGAUAAACAUCUCCCAGCCUCAAUCUAGCCGGUGUCAUGAACAGAGGAGACUUGAGCAGGGAAGGUUUCGUUUUUGUGUAGUCAAGGGGACUGACCUGUAAGAAGAUCUAAGAGCAAAAAAAAAA